AUGGCAGUUUACGAUGGCCUUCCGCCACGAGUUAUGCAAGCCCGAGAUGUUUUGGUCAAGGCCACUCAAGCGGACACCUUGCCAGCGCCAUCAUUGCGCAAGGCUUUGACGGACGCCUUCUUUGAAUUUGCCUUUCCUUACUUUCCCGUCGUUGAUGCGGAUGACCUCUCGAGGGGAGAGUCGUCGAUCCUUUUACAGCAAGCUGUGUGCCUCGUCGGCAGUCUUAUGCGCCAUGACCCCAGCAGUAUGACUUUGAGUUACUCACUCUACGAGAAGAUUGAAACUUUGAUACAUGUCGAGUUCGAAAAAGACAACGUGUUCCUCCUCAAGACACUAUGUCUCUUGUCAUGUUGGGCCCCGGCCUCACCAUAUCUUGUCACGCUUCAUGGGCCGUGGCAUUGGACUGGUAUGGCUGUGCGUGAGACACUCAUGGUCGCCUGCUGGGGCCGGCCUCGUUCGCUGAAGCUUACAGACUGCGAUGUUCAGCCACUUGCAGCUUCGGACUUUGAAACACAAGGGGUAUUCACAACGGUCUCUUUACAAUUCACCGGACUCAUGAACGUGAUUGGCAAGUUGUCGGAGUUGAACACCAGGAAAGGCGUACCAGUUGAAUCCGAGGUCGAAACUGUCAUUGCCUCGCUUUGCGAAUGGAAGAGCGGCCUGCCGGACGUGUUACGGCUCUACGAUGCAGACGGUACUCGGAGAACUUAUCACCGUUAUACUUCAGAGUUGCAUAUCCAUUAUUUGACGGCCAUCAUAAUCGUGCAGAUGCUUAGCAAGAGCCGUCAUGCUCCGUGGCGGACGUCUCACGCCUCAAUUAUAGCGGCGACCCAUGUUGCCGAGUUGUACGAGGAGAUCCACUACAGAGAGGAUGCUUCUCACUUGCUGAGCAUCAAUGGCUUCAUGGCUCUAGUGGCCGCAACUGUGUUGGUAUUCCACCGGCCAAACACGUUAGAGAAGGAAACGAUUCGCAAGAAUGGCAUUGAAAGCAUCUGUUCAGUGCUGCGCGUUAUGAGCAAGAAGUAUGGCGGCGCACGAUCAGUGCUCCAGAGAAUUCAGGGACUGCAAAUCCAAGCUGAGCGGAGAGACGCAUCUCUCAACAAUCUCCAGAACGAUACUUCAUCGUCAUCUGCGACAUGGGUGGCAAGGAGCGUUAACGCGCAUAUCCAUGAGUUACUCCCAUUUCCGCUCAGUCUUGAUGAAAACGUGAAUAUCUUGGACCGAGCAGAAGCUGUCACAGAUCGCUUGCCGGAUGAUCGAGUGGUCACUGCAACUACCGCACCUGUUGAGGAUGUGUCGAAUGAUAUUUUUUCGUUAAUGGAUAUUCUAGAGAUGGAUUUCGAUCCAUUCGAUAACACUACUAGCUUCGUGUGA